AUGGUCUGUUGGAUCUACACUGCUAUACUUCGACCCAGGCUCACCUACGCAGCAGUUGUGUGGUGGCCUAGGGCGCGGAAGAAAGCGGCGAUGGUGGCGCUCGAGCACAUCAGGGCUCUGAUUCUAAGAGGGGCCCUGGGUGCGAUGCGAACCACGCCGGUGGCAGCCAUGGGCAUUUUGCUCGGGAUCGAACCACUUCACCAGGUGGUGAUGGAAGCGGCGGCGAUCGCUGCACACCGACUAGCCUGCGAACUGAAGUGGAAGGAGGGGACUGCGCAUACUAAGUUCCCCAGCGGCGUGCUGACCAACUCCAUCUUCAGAAUGAGGCAGGACAGGAUGCCAGCAGUUCGGGCCCUGGACAGGCGCUUUAAAGUGCAGGUCACAGGGCCCGCGGACGAGAUUGAACCCGGAGCACCGGUUCAGGCCUGGGACGGGGACGUCUGGUUCACAGAGGGCUCCAAGACGGGUACGAGCUCCGGCGCAGGCAUUGUUUGCCGACAGAGAAGGGUGGCGGAAAGCCUGCCCCUGGAUGGGUACGCCACGGUUUUCCAGACGGAGAUUGUGGCGAUCCUGAGAUGUGCCCAACUGGCCCUGGAAGUGAAGGAGACAGGUGGGCGCGUGAGAAUAUGUUCGGACAGUCAAGCUGCCAUCAAGGCACUCGAAGCUCCGUUCUACACCUCGCGGCUGGUCUGGGACUGCAGAAAUGCACUGGAGAAGCUGGCGAAAGACAAAGAAGUCAUCGUGACCUGGGUCACCGGUCACUCGGGGAUUGAAGGCAAUGAAGAGGCCGAUCGGUUCGCCAGGGCCGCAUCAAGAAUGGAGGUGUUCGGGCCGGGACCGGUGCUGGGGGUCCCUUUUUGCCUUGGCAGGGAGAGGCUUCGGACCUGGCUGCGGAACGAGCACCUCGAGUUUUGGAAAAAUGAGCUGAGGACCAAGUGUCGACAGGCCGGGGCUCUACUGGGGGAAACACCCAGUGAGGGCCUAGUCCGGGACAUAAGGUCCUUGAGCAGAAGGGACGCCAGGCUAGUGGUGCAAAUACUGACUGGCCAUGGAGCCCUCAAUUACCACAUGCACAGGCUGGGCCGUUCCGAUAUGACCGAGUAUAGGGCUUGUGGGGAGGAAGAGGAGACAAGUCUCCACAUUCUUUGCGACUGUCCGGCCUACGCGGGGUUAAGACUAAAAUUACUAGGCUCGGCAUUUCCCGAGCCAGGGCAGAGUAGCAGACUACCUAUGAGGGACCUGAGUCUCUUCUGGAGGGAAUCGGGGCUCCCAUAG